CCUCAAACAAAAAAGCAAAAAGAAGAAAAAAAAUUUCAAGAUAGUUUAAAACAAGGGCAAAAAGUGGUAACCACUUCUGGUAUUCAUGGAAGAAUAACGCAAGUAAAUGAUGUUACAGUUGUGGUAGACACAGGAACGGGUAAAAUCACUUUUGAAAAGAUAAUUGGUUUAACAGGUGGUAUUGGUUCAGGAAAAUCAACGGCAGCAAAAAUUUUUAAUCAAAAAGGGAUACCAGUUUAUAAUUCUGAUGAUAGAGCAAAAUACCUUAUGCAACAUUCGCCAGAACUGAAAAAAUCGAUACAAUCUUUAUUGGGGGUCGAAGCAUAUCAAGAAAAUGGAGAAUUAAACAGGUCGUUUAUCUCUAAUAAAAUUUUUUUAGACAAGACUUUGCUUCAAAAGAUGAACGAGUUGGUGCAUCCAGCGGUAUUUGAAGAUUCAGAAAAUUGGAAGAACAAACAAAAAGAAGCGCCUUUUUUACUAAGAGAGGCUGCGAUUUUAUUUGAAAGUGGUGCUUUUCUUCUUUGCGAUGCUAUUAUUUCUGUUGUUGCAGAUGAAAAUAUUAGAAUUGAAAGAACCAUUAAAAGAGAUGGGUUAACCCAGAUUGAAGUACAAAACAGAAUUAACAACCAAUGGACAGACAGUCAAAGAAUUGAAAAAUCUGAU